AUGCAAGCACCUGUGCGAAUCGAGGUGACCGUCAAGGGACCGAACUCUGUCAAGGUCAGGUGGUAUGACCCGACUCUGGCCGCAGAUCAGCUCAUCAGAGACCGUCGCUACUACACCGUUCGGUACCACUCGUUCUCCAUCGGCCAGUACGUGUAUGUGAAUGUUACUGACAUGCCAGCACGCAUCGAAAACCUCCGAGCCGCCACGGACUACAAGUUUACAGUGCGUGUGAAUGAUCCGCCCUACCUGUCGGAAUGGAGCGAGGAGGAGCAGGCUACAACAGCAUCACAGUACAUAACAAAGGCCGGCGAGUGCCCUGCUGUUGAUGACGACACUGCGGGGAUCUGUGUGGAGGAGUGCAGGGCAGAUGGCGACUGUGAUGGUGCAGAGAAAUGCUGCAGCAAUGGGUGCGGAAAGACUUGUAUGCGACCUACAGGCUAUGAUGUGUGCAGCCUGUUGAAGGACCCGGGUUCCUGCGGUAACUGGACGGUACGCUGGUACUACAACAGGGAGGAGGCUCAGUGUGACCGCUUCUGGUUCAGCCAGUGUGGCGGUAAUGAUAACAGCUUCAUGACGGAGGCAGAGUGCUUGAACAGAUGUGUGGGUGAGUAUUGGGUGGGAAUGUGGGUGGGUGCUGUAAUCCCUUAA